AUGUCUGCUCACCUCGUUAAAAAUAGUUCUGCUGUCCAUGCUGUCGAGGAUGACCUCAAAUCCGGUCUGUACAUCAUUCUGUGGACAGCCUUGAAGUACAGGGAGAGCUACAUGAGUGUCAUUGACCAGACGCAAUUCAUUUUGCAGAUCUUUGAUGCUGAUCUGCUGGUGGGGACUGGAGGAUCCGCGAAAUCAGAUUGGCUUGUCGCUAGAACCUACUUUCUGUGUGAUAUAUUCAUCGGCUGCAAACCACUUGACAAUCUCGUUGUUGAACUAGCCCAGUUCUUCUCGCAUCGGUACUCCUCGGUUUCCCCUGAGGCACAGGAGUCACUUGUGCGAUUGUGGCUCUCAUUGCAGGAAGUUUUGGACGAAGCUGGGUCUGUGCGCACGGCUGCACAGCAAAAGAUGAUAGAUGUCGUGCAACGCUGCCUGUUGGAGUCUUCUGCUUACCAGAAGGAGAUAGGUAUGCAGGUCCUGCACUCACACAAGGCCGUCAUCAAUAUCUACAACAAGCACCUUGGCUCAUCCGGAUGGCCUGACAAAGACAUGGCCGUACUGCAAAAAAUGCAUCCGACCAACAAGCAAAGCGGACAUUGUUUAUACACCAAGUCACUAUGCACCUCACAAGAUGUGACAUCCGCACGGGUGCAAGUCACACCAUCUGGCAAGAAGUGUAGGCUGGAUCCUGAAGAGUACUUUGCGAGCCUGUAUUCAUCUUACACUUACACUUACAAUAUGUAUUAUCAACUUGCAGCUUGUCUGGUAGAACACCUAUAUGCUGACAGGAUGGGUGAGUCAAGCAACUGGUGGAUAUUCCAGAAAAGAAGGUUUAUGAAUUGCGAACUGCUGCAUGCCAGGAACUGGCAGCUCAUCUGGUAG